UCUCGGUAACCUUCUGCUGCUUGACGCACCUCGCUUGUGUCGCUGUCAAGCACUGAUGACGUCGAAGUGUGCGACUCCAGUCACGCUUCUUCUUCAGGUUUUGUAGCUCUGGAGACGACAGAUUUGCUUUUGACUUUGAGUAGUGAGGGCACACGCGAGUUGCUUUUAAAUGCAAUCUGUGAUAUACGCGACGCAGCUAUAGUUAAAGUCACUUCCGUUGAGCAAACAGCGAGUUUAGCUGGUUAGACUCAGUUCUAGAUUCAUGUUUGCUGUCGUAAAGCUUAGUAUUAAAUAAUAUAUCAGGCAUCAUAUAAUAUGAGCUCCCUCGUGAUACUUAAAGCGAGACGUAGCCUGAAGCCCCUACAACUUCUCUUUCACCAAGAGGGUUUCCUCACCAUUAACGCGGUUCUGUGUAAAUCAUCACAACUUCCGCCGGCUGCGCGUUUUCUGAGCAGCAGAGACUCAAAGCACAACCUGGAUGGCAGAUUGACAACCACAUGGAAGAACAGCGAGACAGAUGGACAAGGCGGAACGAAAACGAGUCCCAUCAGACAGAGAAAGAAGGAGCUGUGGGACGACACAGUGGAUGAAAAAGGAAAGAGGGCUUCUUUCUCCAAAUCUGUGUUUGCUGCAGGGACAGCAAAGAGGACGACAGAGAUGCUGAAGAAGAAAGCAAGGGUGUUGUCCAUGCUCCUCCAAGAUGAGGAGGAGCCUGAAGGGAAGCCAAAGAGAAGGGCCGGUAAGAUGCAGCCUCCCGACCGUCCGCUCUCUGUGGCUGAGUGGCGGAAUCUGAAGGAGUCUCUGGGAAAUCACCAGCACUUUGACACCAAAAUGAUGUGUGUGCUUUUCAAAUCUGGCGCAGAGCUGGAUAUUGCAAAGUCUCUACUGACUUUUGUAGCCAUGGAAACAGGGGUGCUCUCAUAUAGGCUUUUACUACACUACCUGACCCUGUGUGUGAAAGGUGACCACGACGAUGAGGUAUUUGACGUCUAUGACAUCAUGCGCGGAAGUUUCCCUUCUCUAGAUACGGGAGCCUCCAGCCUUUUUAUCAAGUCCUUCAGUAGGACCCCGAGAUGGAGGGAGGCGCUCAGCCUCCUGCAAGAGCUUAAGGUUUUUACACCGUCCCCACGCAACUACGGCGAUGUUAUUGCAGCAGCAAUAGAGCACGGUGACACGAUCACGGCCUGGGCUCUUUAUGAUGAACUACUUGAAAAGGGACUGAGCCCACACCAGGAGACCUGGAAAGCUCUGUUCGAAGGAUCAAGGAAGAUAAAUUGCAGUGACGUGAAGGAGGUGGAGAAGCUGUUGGGCAUUCUGCUGUACAUGAGGAACAACCAGAUCUAUCCCCAGCACAACCUCGUGACCAGCAUCAAAACCUGGUUUGAGAGCCUUACAGGGCAGAAAUGGACAGGAAGUUGGACCACUGCUGCCCUACAAGGCCGGUGUAGGUGUUGUGGGUCAGAAUUGGAGUCAAUUCGGCUGACGACAGAGGAGUACCAGCAGCUAAAGGACCGAGUGAUGACUGAUGUCAUUCAGGGUCAAGAUGUUUUUAACAAGACCACCCCGGAGGAACUGGAACGGUUCAAAGCGUUUGUGAAGAGGAAGCCAGCCUUUGAUGUGAUCGUAGAUGGGCUGAAUGUAGCUAAUAUUAACAAGGACAGGAGCAAGCAGUCAGAAACGUUGUUGGCUGUGGUGUCGGAGCUUGAACAUCAGGGUUUGACCGUCCUGGUGCUGGGGAGGAAACACAUGCUGUGUCCCUCCAGAUCCUGGGAGAGACACAACAUGAAUCUUAUCCAGCAAAAGGCCUAUUGCUUCUUUACUGAAAAUAUCUCGGAAGAUGAUCCCUUCCUGCUGUACGCCACGCUGCAUUCCGGAAACCACUGUCAGUUUGUGAGUAGGGACCUCAUGAGGGACCACAAGGCCUGUCUGGUCGACGAUGCCACCAGGCGCCUCUUCUUUAAGUGGCAGAGGGGCCAUCAACUGGUGGUGACUGGAUACGUGGCCCUCGGCAGGAGGGUCCGGUUUCAGAAUAUCCCCAGCUAUGACACCAUUGUCCAGACUUCAGGAGACUCGUGGCACAUUCCUUAUGAUGACACACAGGACAGAAGCACCUAUGAAGUACCACAAAAAUGGCUAUGCCUCACCAAAAAGCACUGAACACACACACACACACACACACACACACACACACACACACACACACACACACACACACACACACACACAAAAUCAUGACUCGUGUACUCAACCAUGGCCAUGGGAAAUAAAACAUUUGUCAUGAAUAAUCAA